ACAAAACGAAUCGAAUAAAAUUUUUGUGAGUGACGUUUCCUAAUAUUAUCGAUCGAAACAAAACUCGAAACACUAAUGUCGUUUUGAAAUGGCGGACGUAUAGGGGGAGUGUCUGAAGAAAUCGGGAUUUGGGAUAUUUUGUACGAGAAAAGAUUGCAUUGCUGAUUCUACAUUCCAAUAAAAGACUGAUUAAUAUUUAUAAAGUGGAUAAAUAUGGCGUGGCGGUUCAAAGCUUCGAAAUAUAAAAAUGCGGCGCCAAUCGUGCCGAAGCCUGAAGCAUGUAUCCGGGAUAUAUGUGUUGGUUCAUAUCAGACAUAUGGGAACAAUAUCUGUGCAUCGGCGGCUUUCAUGGCCUUUAAUUGGGAACAUGUGGGGUCUAGUCUUGCCGUGCUGCCCCUCGACGACUGUGGGAGGAAGAGUAAGACUAUGCCGUUGCUCCAUGCUCACUCCGAUACUAUAACUGACAUGGAGUUUUCUCCGUUCCAUGAUGGCCUUCUGCUAACUGGAUCACAAGAUUCGUUGGUGAAAGUUUGGCAUAUCCCACAGGAAGGGCUCAGAGAGUCUCUGUCCACCCCUGAGUGUACUUUAUCUCAGAAACAGCGACGAGUAGAGAACGUCGGCUUCCAUCCAGUUGCCGAUGGUCUGAUACACGUGUCAUCUGGCCACGAACUAGCAUUGUGGGACUUGACUAAGCAGAAAGAAGCUUUUGUUAACAGAGACCACGGGGAAGUAAUCCAAUCAACAUCAUGGAAGAAGGAUGGUAGGCUUCUGGCCACCUCUUGCAAGGACAAGAAGGUGCGGAUUGUGGACCCCAGGGCUCCAACUGCAGUGGUCGACGUGGCCAACAGCCACCAGAACAUAAAGGACAGCAGAAUCGUCUGGCUGGGAGACCAGGACAAGAUUCUUACUACAGGAUUCGAUUCGGCGCGGCUCCGUCAAAUCAUGAUUCGCGACGUGCGCAAUCUCUCGCAGACGCAGAAGACACUCGAACUUGAUUGCUCCACCGGCAUUCUGAUGCCGCUGUUCGAUGCUGACACAAACAUGCUAUUCCUGGCCGGGAAGGGAGACACCACUAUCCUGUACAUGGAGCUCGUGGACCGGGAGCCUUAUCUCAUUGAGGGGCUGCGGCACUCUGGGGAACAGACAAAAGGCGCAUGUUUGGUGCCAAAACGUGCCCUCCGCGUGAUGGAAGCGGAAGUGAACAGAGUGCUUCAACUCACCAGCUCCUCCGUGGUGCCCAUCAUGUACCAGGUUCCCAGAAAGAGCUACCGUGACUACCACGCGGACCUGUACCCGGACACCAGCGGGUCAUUGACCUAUCUGUCGGCGCCCAUGUGGCUGGAGAACCAGGACCACCCGGUGCCAAACAUAUCCAUGCAUCCGGACGCUAACAAUUCUGUACAGAUUCAUCGUGGAAAUUUAGACGAAGUUGUAAAAGCUAUACUGGCAAUGCCCCCUUUAAAGAAAACCGACACCAAAAAGGCGGUAACCCCAGUAGCUCCCAUCGAAGAACCAGUGAAACACUUCCCAAAAACGACAACACCCGAAGCCAAAGACGAAGAUCGUAUAGAUUUCGUCAACGUAAAAGAUUUGAUCAAAGGCAUGGAACGGGGAAAGAGUAACACUAAAGAAACCAACGGAUUCCACAAAAAGAUAACAGAUAAUGGCCACGAUUAUUCUGAGAAGAAAAUCCAAGACGAGUCAAUGAUUGUCGAUAAUGUUGAGAAAAGUGACGAGAAACCAGAACAUGGUGAGAAAAUUGAGAAGUUAUGUGAGAAACCUGAGAAAACGUUUGAGAAAUCUGACAGUUCGGAAUCGAAUGAGUCUUCUUUGUCGAGAAGUAAUAGUUAUAUCAAUGGGGUACCGGUGCAGGCGCCAAAACCCCUGCCAAGAUCGUCCAUUUCUGAGCCGGGAUCUGGUGAGGAGCACCCUGAAGCGCCGAAGCCUAGGCCUCGGACGACUGCGGUGCCUAUUUCUGGCUAUAAGCCUCGUCUGGGCCCCAAGCCCUUCUCAACAUCGUCGGGAAGCGAAGAGUUCUCGUUCGACAAGGUGUUUUCUGUGCCAGCCGUUCCAGGACUAACGAAGUCUGAAUCUGCUACAUCCCCCAUCACCGCCGCUGUGAAGUCACCUGUGACCUCGACUCCGAUAGCAAAAGAUGUAGAGGAGAAAGAUAAGUCACUCUCUCCCACCAGUGACGUGGAGGCUCCUAACAAAGAGGAGUACACUAAUGGCAAAUCGGACACAAGUCUUGAAGAAGAGGUGAACUCUUCUGAUUCUGGGUACAGACCCAAGACACCCAGUACGGCGGAGCGGAGGAAGAUGUUUGAGACUACUGAUGGCGCCAACCAGUCGAUAGCAGAGCGUCGUCGCGCGUACGAGUCUCGUUCAGUGAGCGUUGCGGUUGAAUCUGACACUCCACCGUCGCCUGCGCCACUGCGUCGGCGAGAUUCGUUAAAAUCAAGGAAGAGUCCAGAACGGGAGGACAAGCGCUCGUCAGUGCCUAAUGUCACUACUAAAAGGACUUCUACUGUGUUUGGCAAAGUGUCAAAGUUCCGACAUCUGAAAGGCACGCCGGGACACAAGUCGACACAAGUGGAAAACAUAAAGAAUAUCAGCAGGCAGAUAUCUGGGGAGUGCAAUGGCUUCUAUGCAAAUGGCGUACGCUGCGCGGUGCCCCUCAGCGGCGGCGGGGGUCGCAUAGGGGUGGUGGAGCUCCCCGUGGGAGCUACCCCCGUAGCUAAGGCGGCCGCCGCGCCCCACGGCGGGGGGCUGCAACCCGCCGCCCUGUUGCAUCCCGCGCCGCUGCAGGAUUGGGCUUGGGACCCCUUCGAUGAUAACAGGCUAAUGGUCGCGUGCGAUGAUGGUCAAAUUCGAGAGUGGAUCAUACCCGAAGGUGGUCUACAAGAAUCAACAAACACACCUAAACGCACGUUCUCAGCGCAUCCGGACAAAAUAUACCUCGUCCGAUUCCACCCGAACGCUUCCGAUGUGCUCACUAGCGCCGCGCACGACCACACGGUCAAAAUAUGGGAUCUGACCUCUGACCCCCCCACCCCUGAGAUAAUACUCACAGGUCACACUGAUCAAAUAUUCGCCAUGGAUUGGUCGUCGUGUGGGGAAUAUUUGGCUACGAUUUGCAAAGAUGGACUGGUUAGGACAUACAAGCCGCGGUCGAGCACGCAGCCGCUGCGAUGCGGCGCCGGGCCGGCCGGCAGCCGCGGCGCCCGCCUCGUGUGGGCGCUGCGGGACACGCAUCUCGUUGUCACCGGAUUCGACAAAGUAUCAGAGCGCCAAAUCAUACUAUACAAGGCUAACGAUCUAUCAACACCACUUUGUACGGUUGGAUUGGACGUGUCUCCAGCUAUUCUGCAGACUCACAUCGACCAUGAUUCCGGCACUCUGUUCCUCACUGGCAGGGGCGAUUCCACAAUCUACUGCUACGAGGUGACUGCAGAAGCGCCACAUAUUGUCGCGUUGUCGCACCACCGCGCCUCCACGCUGCACCAAGGCAUUGCGUACCUACAUAAGAAUCUCUUGGCCGUCGAUAAGGUGGAAUUCGCUCGAGCGCUGAGGCUAACUAACGGGAACAUCGAACCUCUGUCAUUCACAGUGCCGAGAAUAAAGAGCGAAUUAUUCCAAGACGACCUGUUUCCCCCGACUCUGGUCACGUGGGAGCCCUGGCUCAGUUCCAAGGAGUGGUUCUCCGGGAAGAGUGUACCAUCUCGCACGCACAGUCUGCAGCCGGAGGGGAUGCAACCCUUAUCAGCACACCAGCCUUCGACGCCGGCGCCGGCGAAAGAAAAACCAGGCCAGAAGCCGAAGCCAGACCUGAUCAAGUCUCACGUGCCGCUAGAGGGCUCUGUCAAGCAGAAACAGGACAGCAUAAUGAAAUCAAUGAGUGCUAAGCUCCAAAUUGACAUGAAACUGGAACAGGACAGCAUGGAGGGAGUGGAGGAGACAGAGUGGGAGCAGUGAGCGACCAAGUGCAAUUUUAUACGAGUGUAGUUCUAGUUGCGCGGCGUUGGCGACAGGUGGCGCUUUGGUGAACACAUUUAUAUUCAAAAACUAACUCUACUCAAAUUAAAACUUCCUAAAAUACAUUAUCCGCCCAGGUGAAAAGAUACUCACGACUUGAUAAUGUAAUUUAAGUAGGUGAUAUCUUAAUCUGGGAGGAUAUAAUGUUUCGGUUUAGACUAGGUGGGAAUAUUUUGUUGCUACACAUAAUUUAAUCUUGCUUAAAAAUAUGAUUUCUCUUAAAUUUGUUCAUUGGUCGUCAUAUAAUUACGAAAUUGACGAAAACACAUUUUACACCUUUUUGAUUUGUUCGCGUUAUAUUAACGAAAACAUGACUUUUUUAUUUGGUCUUAUAGUAAUGAGCAUUUGAUUAAUUUACGUUAAAAGAGCAACUACAAUGCAUUAAAUACGUUUAUUAUUACAGUCACUAAGGCAGUUGAGAAUUACAUACGCUGUUUCAUUUCCUCAAAUCGCCAUGUCGCUCGUCAAUCCCGUGCGUGGAAAUAGUUUAGCUUAGUGUAACGAGGCUCCCCGAUUCGGUAUUAUAUAAACGAUGCGUCUACAUCACUAUACUAAGUUUCUAAGUCGUCCGGAAAAAAUUCAAUGCCCUAAGUGGGAUUUUCUCUUUCUGCAGUACGUAUUUAUGUCGUCAUCACGUUCCAAUAUUGGCUUUAGUAAGAGCGUGAAGGUAGCGUAGGUUAUUUGCGUAUAAAGAAAGAGAUAGCCACAGUCAUUGUCCGUUUUCAUGUCUGAAUAAGAAACAGAGUAUAUUUAAACAUAUACGCAAAAUAGUCACCCGAUCCAAUAUUUUAUAGAACUUUUUCCCGAUCUAGCUACGAUAUUAUAUAUCUAUGAAUAUAAUGGCUCACUUUUGAAAUCUUAGCUCUUAAUUAGUUCUUGAUGAGAGUAUUGACAUUAAAUAAAAACAAAACCACAUACAAUAUAUAUUCGUUCACAAUAUAUAUUCGUUCGAAAUGCCGGGUUUUCUUAAAUCAUUUUGGAUUGACAAGCUGCGUUUGACUGCAUGUACGAUUUCGGUCGGAGAUUCGAUAAGCAAAUAAUUAGUGCAUUCAAGUGUUACGUGUGUUAUUUUUUCCAAACUAUUUUUUUAAUUGAUUUAAGAACCCGUUUCACCGUUUGCUGAUAAAUUAUCUGGUAGUAUUAUAUCGAACAGAAAGCGUUAAAAGUUGUGUUUCACAAGUGUUGGAUAGGGUUACUAGCUAAUCACAUGAGGCAUAUGUAUCCAGCAGGUUAGUUCUAUCUGUCAGAUUAUAUAUUUUAUCAGAAAGUGGUGUAAGCAUAUUGUAAUCAUUCUUUUUUCCAACGUUAAUGUCAAUACUGACACUCAACCAAUAGCCAUAACUAUAGGAUACAUACUCGCACGUAAUCUAAGUAUUUUAUAUUGAUUUUAUACUGUAUUCUAUAAGAUACCGCACAAUGAUACUAAGUGUCGUUCGUAUUUUGUUUUAUACAUGCAAUAUUAAUUUGUGAAAAUACGAAAAAAAAUACAUUCAGUUUUAUCCUAAAGAGGAUAAAAUCCAACCAUUUGCACAGUUUUAUUAGCUUUAUUAGCAUAAUAAACAAAUAUAAUAUGAAUACUGUUUAUACAUAAAUGAUGUAAUACAAUUUGUAUCUUCAGAUCUCAAAAUGACCAUUGAUUACGAUGUCAAAAUUUAUUACAUUUCUAAAUAUGUCAUAAAAAUAUCGCUCAUACAAAGUCAUCCAUUUUCAACCAUGAAUUUCCAGAUCUCAACGCAUAGUAUUUUAUUUAUAUUUUUAGUCUACAAUGACAUAUAUUUCUUAUGUUUGAUUUGAUAUUAUGAACUAUUUAAAUCUACCACCGUUCUACAUAGAAUCGUAUAGUGGAAUGAUGAAAAUUAAAUUGAAAUUUAACACUGUGUGUUAGACGCGCAAUAAGACUUGCGCAACGAUCCGUAUUAAAUAAUUAUGCUGGAUUGGGCAUGUAUAGGUCAUGGGCAAGUUAUACUCGAUAAGCCUCUUUCUCUCUCUCGUCUUCGCGUGUUCCGGUUUCAUCCGGGGUUGUGACGCUGCGAAGCCCUGGGUCAGCGUAAAUGUCAACCCUGUUAUUCAUAUAAAAGUUAAAGCACACUGCUAACGUAUGUUUUGUCUCGUUCUGUCAUUGUCAAAUAUGGUAAAGUGCGAUUGUGACAAAACAUACGUUACUUUAAAGUGUGCUUUAACUUUUUUGUAAGGUAAACCUUUAAAGAUUAAUCAUUAAGAAAUCCAAUUUUGAAGAUCCGGUUGUGUUUUUAUUGGCCUGAUGUAAAUUAUCAUUCAAUCCUGGGAACGGAACUCCUCUAGCUCGAUAAAUAUCAAGGUAAAAAAUAGAUUUUAUUAGGUUACUCAAACUUCUCGAAGUUAUAAUACAGAUUUUAUUUAAUGAGAACAAUAUUGAGUUCUAUUUAAUUUUAUCACUCACGAAAAAGUAAAUAUGAACAAGGAAAUAGUGCUCGAAUGUUUUAGAUAAUAUUUUGGCUUAUUCAUUAAAAAAAAAAACAUUAAACCCAUCUAUCUUAUUUUAAAUUAGCUUUUUCAAGAAAGAGAUAUUUAAAAUACGCCUCGGGUGUUCUGUCCAUCGUGUCCCGCGAGUAGUAUGUCUAUGUAAGGAAUGAGAUCACAUUAUGAACUGAAAAGCACCUUGAUGAGCAAUUGUGGAAGUCACGCAACACGAUUGUUACGACACUGUCUGAUGAUCUUGGGAAUUGACUUUGAUCUUAAUUUACUUGUGGCCGGCAUUUAUGAAGUACUGUUGCCCGCGGUUUCGCACGCGUACCUAUUUCAUACUACAUGUAUGCAAAAUUUCAACAAGAUUGGUUGAAUAGAUAGAGCGUGAAGAGGUAACAAACAAACUUACUUCUCCAUUUAUAAUAUUAGUUAGGAUAUCACACGCAUAUACAUAUAGUUCGUUUUUUCUUACAAGUUUUACUAUGUUAACAUUGUCUUUUUAUGAUAUUACAAUGAUAUUUUAUAAAAUAGACAUUUUAGGAAAUUACUUUUGUGGUUAAUGUUUUAUUUUACAAUGUAUAUAUAGGUUUGAAUGAAUGUUUGAUUUAUUAUCAACAUAAUUUAACAAUGCGUACUGUGAAGUUUGUUUACAUGUUAGAACUCGUAAGAAAAAACGGACUUAAGCUAUAUUACGGACCCUGGGUUUCGACGUCUUGUCAGCGGAAUAAAGCAAAGAGAUUGGAAUGAAUGAAUGAAUGAAUGAUUUUAUUGCACAACAUGUGGUACAUAGAUUAAAUUACACAAAUAACGUCUAUAUAUAAUUAUAUGAUGUUCAAUUUUGAGUUUGAAAGGUUUCGUCGACAGAAUAGAGGAGACAUUAUGUCGGCGAAUCGUUCGUAGAUGAAGGGUUCUGUCGUUCAUACGCCCGAUAUCGAAACAUUCUGUCGACGAAACGUUCGUAGACAAAGCAAUUGUCGGAGAACCGUUUCAGACUCAAUUAGAAUCGCGUUCUAACAUGUAUGCACGCAAUUAUUGAUUUUAUAUGUAUUUCUAACUUUAAUUGACGACAAAAUGAAUAAUAGACUGUCUUGACAUUUCCAUGCAUACAUUUAAGAGAAUAUUUUUUCUUUAAUAUUUCAACUUUGGGGGCCAUCUAGCGUGCAUUUUGCUAAUUAAUUUAUAUUUAGCAUAUUAUUCUUCUUAUCUUAUUACCCAAAUUAUCAUUUUAUUUAUAUCUGCCUAAGCAUAUUGGACAUUAUUAGAUUAUGGACAUAUUAUUCCAAGAGCAACCAUGACAUUAAUUUUUCGCGUCACGCUUCAAGGAAAUAACUUUUUUUUUUCCAAAGCAACUAUCUAUCACUUUGCUCCCAUUUAUCAUAUUAUGUAACCAUAAUAUAUGGUGCGAAUGCUCUGCUCACUGUAAUGUAUAUAUACAUAGUUUACAACUUGUACUAUAUGGGAUUCAUAGGGUACUCCUACUUAUAAGGAAUUGAAGUUAUGUAAUUAAUUUCAAUAGUGUUUCAUUGCUACGUGGGAAUGUAUAGAAAAUAGAGGGAAGCUCGACAAACAAAAUCAUAACAAAUAUUUAAAAAUCUAGUGUUAUGACAUUUGAAGAUUUUUUUAAAUUUAACAUUUAAAAUUAUAAAACCAAACUUGCCGAUUGCAAUGACAUGUUUUCUCUCACAGUUUUGAAAAACAAAAAUCUGUAUUUCCAUAUAUUCCAACGAAUCUAGUGUAUGAUAAUAAAAAUGCUUGUAUGAGUCAUUAGUUUACCCUGCGCUCUGACUAAUGGAAUUAGUUCUAAGAAAUUCUUACUUUCCACGUUAGAAGUGAUUGGAACCACAAAGAGGAGCCGCGCUGUUGCCAUUUCUCUAUCAAAAGAUGAUACGCGGGGCUGAGGCAGACGAGUAGGGGUAAGCGGUUCUGCCUUGGCUCCGCCUCUUUCCGAAACGGAAAACGAAGUAAGCAUCCACACGAACAGACGUCACUUAAAGGGCCCCGUUUCUUUAAGUGACGUCUGUGCAUCUUUCAUAGUUGUUGUUGUCCUUCGCUAUAUUUGCGGUUCGUGGUUGGAGCGCAGUGGACCAAUCCUAUAUCGACAUUUAAUAUAUCAUAAGCGCGAGUUUAGUACCGCUAGAUGCCAUAACUCAACAUUUGCUCAAAACGCCAAAGAAUUUGUUUUCUUGUCAAUGUUAACAUUAUUUUCCAUGUUAUCUCCAUUUCUAUUUGAAUCAAAUUGUGAACUAAAAUAUAACAAGUUUCAAACGUAUUUAAUAUAAAGAGUCUCAUGUUAAAUGAACUUGUUUAAAAAUAAUUUCAUGUUUAAUACUCAUAUGUAAUUAUUUCGGGUAAUUAAAUAAUUUUGUCUGUAAAAAUUUGUGUUAGAUAGACAAAGCUAAGCUCAUGAAAUUGGUUAACCUAAAGAAUAAGUCUAUACUGUAUGAAUUCGUUUUAGAUGCUAUCUCGCUCGCACUGUGCGGGCACAAACUCUGGGGAGUUUCAUACGAACGCUUUCAUAUUAAUUACUUAAAUAUUUACGAAUAGAUGUAAUUUUUAUUCACUAGUCAAAAAGUUAUUCUUGAAAUAUAUUUUCAAAUGUAUUAGUUUACGAGUAAGAUAUUUUUAUUCUUUCAGAAAGGUCGUGUGCAACUAGUUCUGUCCUUUUUAUGCAUUAUACUUGAGUUGUAGGACAAAACUUGUUGCGUCCGGACUUCUCGAAUCCAUAAUGGCGUUUUAUUAAUGGCCACAUUUCUUGAUAAUCAAUAUUCAGCUGUAAGUCAUAAUCAAUAAGGUUUAUUUUAAGACGCACCUUUGGUACUGUACGAUAAUGAAAAUCUCCUUAUUAAAAUAUUUUUCUUGUACGGUGAAUUUUGUUGUUGUCCCUUUAUAUAUUGUUGUCCUGCUCACACUGUAUCAAAGGUCAAAACCAGGUUCAUAUCUUCAUUCAUAUCUACUGAGUGCGCGUACGCGUGCGCUUUUUUGUACGGAAUUGUGGCUGGCGGCGUAGAUGCGUGCGUUACAAGUUGCUAAAACGAGCACGCGCACGCGCACGUGCUACGUAGGCGGGUGUGCACAGGCCUCAAAGCGACAGUAAAAUUCACCUUUUAGAACUCUUUUAUUAUAAAUGUAAUAUAAAAAUACGAAAAGACGCACCAAUAAAACCCAAAUCAAAUGGCGGUUCCAAGUAAUGCAUUUUUUAAAAUGUACGUGUGUACAACAAUAUUUUAAUGUAGGUAAGUACUAAAUAUUCCACAAAACAUACAACCAUACAUUUCACAGUUGGAAAAUAUAUUACCCAUUGACAGAUGGAAGAAUUGUAUUCAAAUUGUAAUAACGUUUCACCUGCCAUAGCUGCCUUAUAAUAUACCUUCAAAUGUUUAGAAUUAGCCUCAAUUAUAAGGAUUUGAAAAUAUUUCUGCAAUGUUUUCUUGAAUUCGUGGGACCGUCAAAUAACAUGCUCAAAUUGUUUCCAUACCAAAGUUGUGUAAUGACAAUAAAAUCCCCUUCGAAAUUUCCCUUCAAAAAACUAAGUUUUUCACACAUUUUGUAAAUUGUAAUUAUGAUGUUUUUCACAUUGGAAAUUAGUGCCAAUCUUUUGUUAACGUAAUGUUUAAAAAUGGCGUCGUAUGCCUUUUACUAAUGAAAAUAUAUUAUGUCCAACCAAUUAUAUUGUACUCCAAGGUGAUGUAUUUAUUUUAUUUAUUAUUAAAAGGUGAUAUUUUACGUUUAUAUGUUCGUGUCAUAAGCUUGCUAUACACGCAAAAUAAUAAAAACGAAAUCGAUGAUCUUUUUUAAAAGUAAACUAAAAACCUAGACCAAUUAUCAGUAUUUUUGAAAAUGUUGUGAUGGGAAACUAGGUUUGAUGGUUUUUAUACAUACAUAUUAUCACGUCUGUUUCCCGUGGGGGUAGACAGGAACUAGGUAUUUCCAUGUCACGUUCCUGACAAAUCUCGUGGUCUUUUGUUUUCAAUUUUACUGAACCUGCGACAAGAUUCAAAAAAUGAAUUGUGUUCAUACAGUGAUCAUGUAACACAAUCGGCACGACAAUAUACUGUAAUAGGUUCAGAUAACCUAUGGUUUUUUUCUCAGUAUAUAAAUUACUAUGCCUAAUGCUAUGCUUUGGCCACGAACAAAUAGACGCGUAAAGGUGCUGAUCAAUAGUAAGUGCAAAAAUUUAAAAAAUAUUAUUUGUAUUAAAAAUGUAUUUUUGUAAGCUGUGAUUGAGACGUAGCACGUACUAUGAAUAUCUUAGUUUUUUUAUUACUCCAAUUAAUUCGGAUUGACUGUAAUAGAUCCGAGGGAUAAGUCCGCUAGAAGGCUAGCUGGUUAGAAUUUGUUGCCUCUUAUUCAUACAAUAAAAGUUAUUGCAAAUAAUUCUCAUUACUAAAGUAAAUAGAGAUAUGGUUUUAAUUUAUGAAUUACUUUAAAAAAUAUAUUCGUCUCUAAACUACUUACUUACUUACUUAUUUUUUAGUCUAAUUAUAAAUACUGGACAAGUCACCCAUUUCUUGCACACGUAAGAUGUGUGACUGAGACAGAAUAAUAACGUGCUACGACUGUGUCACAACGCGGACUAUUUUAUACAAAUAUGGACAUAAUGUAACACCUAUUGGCCGCACCUUUACUGGUAUCACCCGACCACAAACCAUGUGUGAGUGCGUGUAAUUUAUGUAUUUUGGAUGUAGUCAACCUACUGAUAUCCUAGCGUAAGGCUCAAUAUUUGGAGAUAUUUUUAUUAUUUUGCAUUUUUUUAUUAAACUCUUGCUAAAUUAA